GGGAUUUCUCGCCCCGGUAGCAACGGGUUGGGAAGCUGAGGCCUUUGAUGAUCCUGGAGUCCCUAGUUUCAGGAGAGGGUGAGGGUUGUAUGGUGCUCAGGUGCCAGGAGCGGGAAGGACAAUAAAGAGCCAGUGGGCGAGCGGUUAUCCGAGACCAGAGACCCGAGCUCCUGGGGCGCGGGGCGGGGAGCGCGGCAGAACACGCCAAGCAGCUUCUGUUGACGACCGUGGGUUUUUCUGACACAGGAAGUUGGGCCUGGCCGCUGGCGUCGCCAAGGCAGCUGUGCCUGGGAGAAGGGAAGGAGGAAUGAGAGAACAGUGACGGUCCUCCCCCUCGUCCCCCCCCCAGGUCACUGUCCCACCCCGUGAGUUGAAUGUAGCCGCCCGGGAACCGCUCGGCCGCCCGCACGGGUGGGACCGCUGGGUUUCCUUCGGGUCAACGAGGAGGAGCAAGAUCCAGACUCCAGCGAGAGAAAACAGAGAGGCGGGAGACUGAGACAUCUCCACAUCUAGUUUCUCCAGCUAUGGGAAAUCCAGAAAACAUUGAAGAGGCAUACGUUGCUGUUAUUCGUCCAAAGAAUACCGCCAGUCUCAACUCUCGUGAAUACAGAGCUAAGUCAUAUGAAAUUUUGUUGCAUGAAGUUCCCAUUGAAGGACAGAAAAAAAAGAGAAAGAAAGUUUUGCUGGAAACUAAACUUCAAGGCAACAGUGAAAUAACACAAGGCAUAUUGGAUUAUGUAGUAGAAACCACCAAGCCAAUUUCUCCUGCAAACCAGGGUAUCAGAGGAAAACGAGUGGUAUUGAUGAAGACAUUUCCUCUGGAUGGAGAGAAGAUGGGCAGAGAAGCAGCAUUAUUUAUUGUUCCAUCUGUUGUCAAAGAUAAUACUAAGUAUACAUAUACUCCAGGAUGCCCAGUUUUUUACUGCUUACAAGAUAUUAUGCGCGUCUGUAGUGAAUCCAGCAGUCACUUUGCUACACUUACAGCAAGGAUGUUAAUAGCCUUGGAUAAGUGGUUAGAUGAACGUCAUGCACAAUCUCACUUUAUUCCAGCUUUAUUCCGACCUUCUCCUCUUGAGCGGAUAAAAACUAAUGUCAUAAACCCUGCAUAUACUACUGAAUCAGGUCAGACAGAAAACUCACUACAUAUGGGCUAUAGUGCACUAGAAAUAAAGAGUAAAAUGUUAGCCCUAGAGAAAGCAGAUACCUGUAUUUACAACCCUUUGUUUGGAUCAGAUCUUCAGUAUACAAACCGGGUAGAUAAAGUGGUAAUAAAUCCAUACUUUGGUCUAGGAGCUCCAGACUACUCAAAAAUUCAAAUUCCCAAACAGGAAAAAUGGCAGAGAAGCAUGAGCAGUGUCACGGAGGACAAGGAACGACAGUGGGUAGAUGAUUUUCCGCUCCAUCGAAGUGCCUGUGAAGGAGAUUCAGAAUUACUAAGCCGACUUCUCAGUGAAAGAUUUUCAGUCAACCAGUUAGAUAGUGACCACUGGGCUCCUAUUCAUUAUGCAUGCUGGUAUGGAAAAGUUGAAGCCACUCGCAUAUUAUUAGAGAAAGGAAAGUGCAAUCCAAACCUUUUAAAUGGACAGCUUAGUUCUCCUCUUCAUUUUGCUGCUGGAGGAGGACAUGCUGAAAUAGUACAGAUUCUUCUAAACCAUCCAGAAAUUGACAGACACAUAACAGACCAACAAGGAAGGUCCCCAUUAAACAUCUGUGAAGAAAACAAACAGAAUAACUGGGAAGAAACUGUAAAAUUGUUGAAAGAAGCCAUUAAUAAACCGUAUGAAAAAGUUCGAAUAUACAGAAUGGAUGGAUCAUACCGUUCUGUUGAGCUGAAACAUGGAAAUAAUACAACAGUGCAGCAGAUUAUGGAAGGAAUGCGUCUUUCUCAAGAAACACAACAAUAUUUCACUAUUUGGAUCUGUUCAGAAAAUCUCAGCCUUCAGCUCAAGCCUUACCAUAAACCCUUGCAACAUGUUCGUGACUGGCCAGAAAUACUUGCUGAAUUGACUAAUUUGGAUCCCCAAAGAGAAACACCACAGCUUUUCCUAAGAAGAGAUGUGAGACUUCCCUUAGAAGUGGAAAAAAAGAUAGAAGAUCCACUAGCUAUUCUUAUUCUCUUUGAUGAAGCCAGAUAUAAUUUAUUGAAGGGCUUUUAUACAGCACCUGAUGCUAAACUGAUAACAUUGGCAAGCCUACUGUUACAAAUAGUUUAUGGAAAUUAUGAGGGUAAGAAACACAAGCAAGGUUUCCUAAAUGAAGAAAAUCUAAAAUCCAUUGUACCUAUCACUAAAUUGAAAAGUAAGGCACCUCACUGGACAAACCGAAUCCUUCAUGAAUAUAAGAAUCUUAGUACAAGUGAGGGUGUCAGUAAAGAAAUGCAUCAUCUUCAGCGCAUGUUCUUACAGAAUUGUUGGGAAAUUCCUACAUAUGGAGCAGCUUUUUUCACAGGACAGAUAUUUACAAAGGCAAGCCCUAGCAAUCAUAAAGUCAUUCCUGUGUACGUAGGAGUGAAUAUAAAAGGACUUCACCUCCUCAACAUGGAAACUAAGGCUUUACUCAUCAGUCUUAAGUAUGGUUGUUUUAUGUGGCAUUUGGGAGAUACUGAUACAUGUUUUCAGAUCCAUAGUGUGGAAAAUAAGAUGAGCUUUAUAGUACACACAAAACAGGCUGGUCUCGUGGUAAAACUGCUAACGAAGCUAAAUGGACAGUUAAUGCCCACCGAAAGAAAUUUAUGAAAGGAAAGCAGCUGAUACUUAAGCCACCACAUUUUGUGACGCAGAUUUUUUUCCAUGAAAGAUUUCUUAAUAUAUUGCCUUUAACAAGACAUUUAGUCUCUUGUAAUAUAUAUGUAUACUAUUACAUUGUACAGAAUCUGUACUUAUGUUUGGUGUGUAAUAUACCAAUUAGUUUUAUAUAAUAUCCUUAUAAGCUAGUCUAAUUUUUGAGAGAAACACAAAAAAGUGUAGAUUGAUAGCCUGUAUAAUCUUAGACAAAAUAAUAAGCUUUAUAAAAAGCUAUUUUCAGUAAAUGGUAAAGAAUUUGGAGUGGAAUACAAUAAAAUGAAAAUAUAGCUUUUGGUAUAACUUGGUGUUUUAUUUUAACAUAUGCAGAAAGUCCACAUGAUUUGAAUAAAGAAAAUGCAUUUUCUACACUUAAACCAUAUAUCACCGUUACUUGAAAACAUUGUUACCUAAAUGAACAUUUCUCAACAUGUUUUUAAAAAUCUCUCUUUAAAUGUAUAUCUAGUAUAAGGUAGUUUUUCUCAAAGUAUAGUUCUCAAACUCCCUGCAUCAUAAUUACCUAGGGUGCCUGUUUAAAAUGAGGAUUUCAGAGAUUCAUCUUUAAACAUCUUCAGUCAGUCUCUAAAAGCAGGGCCUGGGUAUCUUUUCUUAAGUUUUAGGGGUUUUUGUUGUUGUUCCUAUUGAAAUACUUUCAAACCCAGUAAGGCGUUUGGAUUAUUAAAGUUAAAUAAAUUACACAAAACUGCCUGGCACACUAGCACACACACAGAUAGACACACCGAUUAAAGACAAUCUCUGGAUAUUAGUAGUUACAUUUAUUAAGUAUAUGUUGUGUUUUUAUCAGUUGGCUUAAUGGUUUCUAUUGCCUUUACAUUGUAUAAUGCAGAUUAUAAGGUAGAUCUGGUUGUUUCAUAUAGGGGAAUACCGAUAUAAUAGUAGAAGAACUUAACUUGAUUAAUCUGCUGUUGAAUAAUCUUAGAAACUGAGUCUUUCCAAGCUAAUAUAUUAAUGUGUUCUAAAGAAGUUCAGAGAUACAAUAUUCAUGUUUAAAGUUGUUCUACAAAUUUCAGAUGGCUUUUACAUACCAUUAUUUACUCUUCACCUUAAUUUCUAUAUAUUUUUAAUGGUGCUAUAAACCAAAAAACCAA